AUGGACCAAGUCAACCUCCAGGGCCACGGCCAGCAGAAGAUGCGCCAGCAGCCCCAGCAGGCUGCGCCGCGCAAGUACGAUGGCCAGCAGGGCAACCCCCUCUAUGAUCCCACCAACGGUGGCCACUAUGGCGCAUCCGCAGCAAUUGCCGCACAGAACCACGCGCCCGAUCCACAGCUGUUCACCGGUUCGUGGCAGAACGUCAACCAAGGACUCACCGGCAACUACCGCGACAUCCUCAACACAUACUGGCAGCAGCAGGUCACGAAGCUCGAGACCGACGAACAUGACUACAAGCUGCACCAGCUCCCGCUCGCCCGCAUCAAGAAGGUCAUGAAGGCCGACCCAGAGGUCAAGAUGAUCUCAGCCGAAGCUCCCAUCCUUUUCGCCAAGGGUUGCGACAUCUUCAUCACCGAGCUUACAAUGCGCGCCUGGAUCCACGCCGAGGAGAACAAGCGUCGCACUCUGCAGCGCUCCGACAUCGCCUCGGCUUUGUCAAAGUCAGACAUGUUCGACUUCCUCAUCGACAUCGUGCCCCGCGAGGAGGCUCAUCCCCACAAGAGAAGUGCCGGCCAGAACGCAGCUGUACAGUCAUCAGCAGCUGUGGUCCCUCCCGGGGCUAUGCCUCAGCCAGUACAUGCUCAACAUUCCAUGCCACCUCCCGACUAUGGCCUGCAGGAGCAUCUGGGACAGCAGCAGGAGUACCAGCAACCGCCCAUGUACCCGGGUCCGAUGCAAGGCGACCCCCGCGCCUAUGCACAGCAGCCGAUGUUCGACCCUAGCGUCUACACCCAAUACCAGGUGGGCGGUCAGCAGCCGCAAAUGUACGCAGUUGGUCAGCGUGGGCCUGACCCGAAUUCCGCCGAUCCUCAGGGUUACGGUCGCUAUGAGGCUGAUCCCGACGAUGCCGAAGGCGAGAGGGUCGACGCUGAGAGUUAG